AUGUCUAUUCCAGAGCAUGCUAAGGUCCUCGUCGUCGGUGGUGGCCCGGCCGGCUCGUAUGCAGCCUCGGCGUUGGCCCGGGAGGGAAUCGACACUGUCGUCCUCGAAGGCGACAAGUUCCCCAGAUACCAUAUAGGAGAGAGCAUGCUGCCAUCCUUGCGCCACUUCUUCAGAUUUGUCGACCUCGACGACACUUUCGUUGCGCAUGGCUUCUACAAGAAGAUUGGUGCAGCCUUUGUAUUGAACAAGAAGGAACCAGCUUAUACCGACUUCAUUGGCGCCGGUGGCCCAAAUGCCUAUUCUUGGAACGUCAUCCGCUCCGAGGCCGACGACCUCAUAUUCAAACAUGCGGGCAAGAGCGGCGCUCAAAUCUUCGAUGGCGUCAAGGUCUCGGCGAUUGAAUUUGCGCCCCAUGAAGGCCCAACUACCGCAGACGACAAGACUCUGGACCCCGGCCGUCCCGUGUCAGCUACCUGGACGCGCAAGGAGGACGGCACCUCGGGCGUAAUCAAGUUCGAUUACAUUGUCGACGCCAGCGGUCGAGUCGGCAUCAUGAGCACAAAACACCUCAAGAAUCGCCAUUUCAACCAGGGUCUCAAGAACGUUGCCAGCUGGGGCUACUGGGCGGGCGCCGGACGUUACGGUGUCGGGACGCCACAGGAGGGCGUUCCUUACUUCGAGGCUCUCUCAGAUGGCAGCGGCUGGGCCUGGUUCAUUCCUCUACACAACGGCACCACGUCCGUCGGCGUGGUCAUAAACCAGGAAAUCGCUACCUGUAAGAAGAAGCAGAUGGGCUCUCCAGGCGGCAAGGUAUUCUACUUGGAAAUGCUCAAAUCUGUGCCUAGAAUUCUCGGACCAAUGCUCAAGGAUGCUACGCUUAUUUCUGAUGAAAUCAAGGCCGCAUCCGACUGGUCGUACAGCGCCUCUUCCUAUGCAAGCUACAACGCCCGCAUUGUCGGCGACGCCGGCUGCUUCAUUGAUCCUUUCUUCUCUUCCGGCGUCCACCUAGCCGUGGCUAGUGGGCUUUCGGCAGCCGCAACCAUCUGCGCCUCUAUCAAGGGUCAAUGCAGCGAACACGAAGCUCUCGAGUGGCACUCGAAAAAGGUUGCUGAAGGUUACACUCGCUUCCUGCUUAUAGUUUUGAGCGCACUCAAGCAAAUCAGGGAGCAUGACGACCCUGUUCUUAGCGAUUGGGACGAAGCAGGCUUUGAGCGCGCGUUUGCCCACUUCCGACCAAUAAUUCAAGGAACUGCCGACACCCACGGCGAGCUCACCCAAGAAGAAGUGACCAAGACAGUUGAUUUUUGCUUGAACGCCUUCUCGCAGCCCGUGGACGCCGCCAAGCGCGAUGCUGUCCUGAAAAAGGUUGAAGAUCUGAAGAUGUCCGGCACUGCGCAGAAUCACAAAGAGCUUGAGGCGUCUCUCAGUCCUGACGAGAUGCGCAUCCUCAACACUGUGCGCGCUCGAGAGAUGGUGCGUUCGGAGGACACAGUCAACAUUGACUCCUUCACCGACAUCAUCGACGGUCGUGCCAUCAAUAUGGUGUACGGCUCUCUCGGCCUCAUAUCUGAGCAAGAGGCCGCCAAGAAACCGGUCAAGAAGUCCGGCGACGUACUCGGUCAACUCAUGGGCGAGGACAAGAAGCUUCCUCACAGCGAUCAGCAAGCCACAACUCCGAUCGCUAGCAAUUGACGAGCAAUGGGAAUGGCAAACGUAGAUACUUUCUUUUCAACCUCAACCUCAACAGGCCCGUAGACUAGUUCAGACAGAAAAUAUUAUUAUUAUUAUUAAA